AUGCGUUUGCCUCCACGGCGUGUAUUAACGCCUAGCACUUCCCUUAGUAAUAACAAGCGCAAAGAGAGAGAUGAAGGCUUUGAGAGGCCCAAGCCCAGCCCAUCAUCCAAUGCUCCAACGACCAUAAACUCAACCAAAUCUCUCAAGCCGGAUAAGCCGAGAGCUGGCUUCGAGCCACCCCGCAGCAACGGUAAAGGCUUGGAACCGACCUCUUCCACUCAGCUCCUAGCGGGCUUCCUGGCCCACGAGUUCCUCACGAGAGGGACUCUCUUCGGCGAGCCUUGGGACCCAUUCCGAGCGGCAGAGGGCCCCACAGAGGCCGAUAAGAGAAAAGGCAAGUCGAGCCAGACACGAGAAGCGGAGCCGGAGAAGCAAGAAAGGUACGCGGAACUAGCAGACUUGUUGAGGGCGAGUGGGACCCACGUACCUGGCAUAGUGAACCCCACCCAGCUCUCUCGGUUCUUACAUUUGUGAUCUAACUGUGACCCCACGAUUACACGUGGAAGGAUCGCAUUGGAUAUCUCUGCCUUUGGGGCAGAGUAUAGAAAAGAAGUCCUUUUUCCCGUUGCAGGUUCCUAUGAUUCCCCACCCCCCACCUUUGUGUGUGCAGGAUUUGUGUGUGAGAAUCGCCAAAUCUGCGAUUUGUGGUCUUGCCUAUCCAUGCACGCAUCUACUUCGUACUUGUUCAUUCUAAUGUUCGGACCUGAUCUGAUUUGCGUGCAACAAAAAUACUUGCUUUUUCCUCCAAACAAGUUUUUUCCUAGAUUUUGAAGUUACCCUUUUGUUCUUUUUUAUGCA